CUUUUUUCUAGUCAUCAGCACUAUAUAAGAGCCCUACGCACUUAGCUUUUUCAUGUAUGAGAAAGGAAGCUAAUAGAGAAACAAUGAAACACCCAUGGCUCCUUCUCUGAUUCCUCUCAACUCUGCUAUUUUCCCGUUUGUUACUUGUAGGGAUACAUAUAUAGAUAUAGGUGUAUAUUUGGGUGGCUGUUUUUGUUAUAUAACGUCAUGAGAUCCAUUUUGGAGUUUGUUUCGUGUUGCGUUACGACCCCUGAAGUGUCUAGGAACGAGAAGGAAGAGGUGUUGAUGGCGGCGGUGAGUCCUUCGAUGAGGGAGGAGACGAGGUCUUUGAUGCCUCCAAAAGUGGCGGCACUAACGAAGAAGAAGCGGGUGAGGGUAGGAACACCAGGGGUUAUGGCUGCAGAGUGGAAGCCCUCGCUGAAUGUUAUCUCGGAGGAUAACGUUGUGGCAGAGAAGAGAGAGAAAACGCCGCCACAGCAAGAGAAGACGACGGCGGAUAGUGUGGUGAAGAGGAAGAGCAGUUCAGGGUCUCGCUCCAAGGUUCAUGUUCGAAGCAAUAGCGACGACAUAGGGCGAAACCCGAUGCUGGCGGUCAUUCCAACGUUCUCCCCUACUCCUGUUUCAAUGCCGGUGGUCAUUCCAACGUUCUCCCCUACUCCUUUUAUGUUUUAAUCAUCUUUUUUAUUUAAUGAAUUAAUCAUGUAUUUAGUUUUAUACAUAGUGUACAAAUUAUUUGUAAGAAUAAUAUAAAUAUUGUAAUCAAAUGGAGCAAUUUUCUCAGUGGAAAAUUGAAAUAUGUUAC